AUGGAGCUCACCAUCGCUGAGUAUCACGACGCCCUGCGUGCUGGCUGCACCACCUGCGCGCGCACCGUCUCCGACUAUCUCUCCCGCAUCGCUCUGUACAAUCCCACCCUGGGCGCCCUCAUCACCAUCAACCCCCACGCCCUCGAUGACGCCCAGCGCAAGGAUCGAGAGGGCCUACCCCAUCCUCUACUCCCUCUCCACGGCGUCCCCGUCAUCGUGAAAGACACCUAUGCCACCGCCUGUAUGCCCACCACCUCGGGCGUUCGCGCCCUCCGCUCCCUCACCACCAAGGUAGACGCCCUUGUCGUGCAGCGCCUCCUCGCCGCGGGGGCCAUCCUCCUCGCCAAGGCCAACCUGCACGAGUUCUCCCUCGAAGGCGUCACACUGUCCUCGCUUGGCGGACAGACCCUGAACCCGUACGAUCUGACUCGCACCCCAGGCGGUUCGUCCGGCGGCACGGCGGCCGCGUUGGCGGCUAACCUCGCCUUGGUGGGCUGCGGCGGCGACACGGUCAACUCGAUGCGAUCGCCUGCGUCGGCGUGCUCGCUCGCCGGGCUCCGGCCAUCUAAAGGACGCGUUGAGAAGACGGGCAUCAUGCCGGUGACGUGGACGCAGGACGUCGCGGGCCCGAUGGCUAGGACGGUCCGAGACGUGAGAAUCUUAUUCGAUGUAAUGAAGAAUCCGUCAGAGGUCCCGUCUUCUUUACCUGGGCCUGAGCCAGUAUCUGUUUCUAUCCCUCUCCCCUUAAAGCCUUCAGUCGCAGACACAAACACCAACCCAAUCCACAAAAUCGGUAUCUUAAUCGAUUACUUCCCCGACGAAUCCACGCCCGACGGGCCCGUCAUUCUCCAAACCAUCACACAGGCCUUACAUCUCGUCGCCUCCAAGACAUCCAACAGGAUUCAGUUCCUGCCUCUCCCGCACCAACCGACCUGGGACGUUGCACGGCUCCGCGCAGAGGCCGAUACCCAGGCGUUUGAGUUCCGGUCCGCGAUGGAUGAUUUUCUUCAGUCGUCGAUUGUGGAAUAUACACCUCAUCGGACUCUGGAGUCUGUUACUGCUAGUGGGGAGUUCUGUGCGGAGGCUCUCACGCCGGCGUUUUGGCAGACGCAGCAGGGUCAGAAGGAGAGCGAGAAUGAGAAUGAGAACGAGGAAGAGGAAGAAGGAAAUAUAUACACCCCCACGAGCCCACAAUACCGCAAACGUCUCUCCACCAUCGCAUCCCUCAAAGACUCCGUCUCUGCCUGUUUCGACAAUCUCGGUCUCACUGCCAUCGUGUAUCCGCAUCAACGCCAGCUCGUGGCUCGCGUGGGCGAAACCGUUCAGCCGGGGAGAAAUGGCAUACUGGCUGCGUUGGUGGGUUGGCCGGCCGUUUGUAUUCCUGCAGGCUUCAGUCCCCCCGAUGAAACCGCGCCAUUGGGCGUUCCAAUCGGAAUCGAACUCAUGGGACGGUUUGGGCAAGAUGAACAGGUCCUCGAGCUGGGGGAGGUGUUUGAGGGGAUUGUUCAUGGGCGGAAGACACCUUUGUUGGAGGGAGUUGGUGGGUUGUGUAGGGAUGGGUAG